AUGUUUGGCCCCUUCACUAAUAACACUGAAAAUAAAGAGCUCUACGCUACCUUCAUUCCUAAAAUUGAGGCGUAUAGAGCAAAGCUGCAAGCUGGAAUUCUUGAGGAAUACAAGCUGGCCGAUAACUUGAUUCCCCAAGAGACAGGGGUAGACGUCACAAGCAUCCCAGAAAAGGUACUCACAAAGGAGGAACUAGAAGUAGUCAAUACUCCCGGCUACGAACUCGUCAAGCAGAUUGCGUCCGGCGAGUUGACGGCCGUCGAAGUUUUCAAGGCCUAUGCCAAGACGGCUACCGCGGCCCACCAGCUCACCAACUGCGCGAUGGAGCUGUUCUUGGACGAGGGGCUCAAAAGAGCAGAGGAGCUGGACGCUUACUACAAGAAGACUGGCCAGACCGUGGGCCCCCUGCACGGCCUCCCGGUGUCUCUCAAAGAGCACUACAAUUACAAAGGAAAGGUCACUCACGGCGCCUGUGUCUCUAAAAUUGAAAACGUCACAGAAAACUGGUGUCUGACCGUGGAGGUUCUUCUUGAGGCCGGCGCAGUCUUCUACAUCCGGACUACCGAGCCCCAGACAUUAAUGCAUCUCUGCUCCAACAACAACAUUACCGGGCUGUGCAGAAAUCCUAGCAACACGGCUCUGACCACUGGCGGGUCCAGUUCCGGCGAGGGUGCCCUUGUUGCCAUGCGCGGAUCUGUGUUUGGUCUGGGCUCUGACAUUGGCGGCUCCAUCCGGUGUCCUGCUGCUUUCUGCGGGGUGUUUGGUCUCCGACCAACUCAGAAAAGAUUGUCCAUGAAAAACGUGACUAUCUGCGGCACCGGAGUGGGCGAGGCUGUCGUUUGCGUUCUAGGGCCUCUGGCCCGGAGCGCGCAGGACAUUGAUCUCUUUAUGAAAGCCUCGUUGGAUGCGAAGCCGUGGCAGAGAGAUGCGACGAUCGUCCCGUUGCCGUGGAGAGAUGUUCCUGUUCCUGCUGCCAAAGAUUUGAGGGUGGCUAUUAUGUAUGACGACGGAGUUGUCAAGCCUACGCCUCCAAUUAUUCGGGGACUUAAGCACGCAGCCGAGAGAUUGAAGGCGGCAGGUGUCAAGGUGGUUGAAUGGGACCCCUUUGGAGUGCUUGAGCUGGCCGAAAUAUGUGGCUCUUUUUACAAUGCCGACGGCAACAAAGGACAGAAGGACGGUCUGGCUGCAUCUGGCGAGCCUCUAUGCGAACUAUCCAAGAUCGCUCUCUCGUUUGGCUGUGGAGACGAAGGAUUGUCUGCUGCAGAGGAGCAUAUUGGCCAGGGUAUCCGCGACAAGUAUCGGAUUGAGUACCAGGACAAAAUGGUUGAACUCGGCGUGGACUUUAUUCUGUCGCCAACGUACGUUUCCGUUGCGACCAAGCCAGAAAAAAUUCACUACUGGGGCUACACCAGCCUGUGGAAUGUGCUGGACUUCCCAAACGUCGUGUUCCCUACGGGACUCAAGUGCGACCCGGCUUUAGAUAUCCCAGAUAGAUCCUAUAAGCCGAGAAGUGAGCUAGAGGCCUACGAGUACGGUCUGUAUGACAACGCUGAAGAUUUCAAGGGUGCGCCAAUCUCCCUGCAGCUGACGGGCAGAAGAUGGCUGGACGAGGAGGUCGUGAAGGCUGCCCAGACUGUCCACGAAAUCGUUGCCGUCUGA